CUUUCGGUUCACCUGAAAUGGACUUGGGCCAUACGAAAGCUAGCAGCAAUAUAAUGUUAAUGUAACGUCCUCCUCAUUGCAUGGUACUGUUUUAACCUGCAUUCGUGGAUGAAGCUCCAAACUUUGUUCACAGACAGUGGCUUUUGGAUGUGAUUUUUAGGCCUUGAAGAGAUCUCCACUAUUGAGUCAAGUCCAUUUUUAAUGCAAUGCUGCAAUAAGGCCUGAAGAUGACAGCCACCCAGUAUCAGUUGUCCACAUUUGUAUAGAGAUUUAGCCGAAUUCUCUGAAUCUUCAAAUGAGCCAAACAUGACAAGAUCCUUAAAAUCUUCUUUCUUUACAGUUCUAUGCUUAGUAUCAUUAUUCAGGAAUUGCUAUACAGUUUACAAAGGAGUUGAACACCAUCUCAUCUUUGCUUCUUAGAGUCUCAGCCUCUCCAAAGUACCUUUUUUUGUUAUAAAUAUGCACUUUUACGAUAUUUAGUAAACUUAAUAACAUGUUGCAUGGAUAGGGGAUAUUCUUCUGGGUGUUUUUUGUGAAUCACACAACUGUUAAUGUGUUUUGUAUUCAAAUGAUUUGAUGGCAUUAAAUUAGCUUACUGAGUGUUUUUCAUGAAACGAAUGCAUCUGGAGCAUUUGAUAUGUUGUCUUUUUACAACUUUAAAUUAAAUGUAGGUUUAAAAUGAUUGGCACAACAUCAAAAUCUGUUUUUAUCUACAUUUACACAGCAUCCAACUUUUUAUAGAACUGAAGCUGUAAUACGGGGCAAAGGCCUAGACAAGUAGACUGUCCAAAACAGUUACUAAUCAAGAUAUAAUUUUUUUUUUUUUUUUUUUUGGGGGGGUUGUUAUAUAUAUCAAUAUUGAAUUAAAAAAAGAUGUUUAGGGGAAAAAAAAAAGUUAUUGGAAGCCACUUUUAGUACACUGUGUUUUCCAGAAAGUGGAGGCCAUAAACGUACUGCGAUCUUUGGUGGCAUGACAACUCAGAUUUCAUGAAGGACUGAGUAAGAGUGUAUUUUGUUCUCAGUUUCUCCAUGGAAACAACAUCUGGGACUUCACAGUCCUCCUCCUGCUGCCAGUUAACUCCACCUUUGCGUGUGUGCUGACUUCUGUCAGGACUGAAAAGACUGGGUGGGUGGUUCGCGCAUGCGCAGUGCGCUCUAUCCUCCGAAUAGUGCGGCAGGAAAAACGCAGGGAAGACGCCGCGGAGAGAGAGAGAGAGAGGGGAGAGAGAUAGAGGGAGGGAGGAAAACAGUUAGAAAAGAAAAGGAAGAACAAUAUGGAGGCGAACAGCGUCUUUGAGUAGUUCCAGAGUGAGACUGCCGUUUGGUGUCGGACUCCAGCUGUCCCUCUCUGCCGCUCAGCUGCUCCGUUAUGUCGGAUAAACAUGUCAGGGAAUGGAAGAAAGCUUCAGAAAUACCACUCCUGCUAAACUGCGCUGUGCUGUCAGGGUUUGAAGACAUCUAUGGAACAUUAAGGGUAAAACAACUAAGGAUGAUGCUCAUGUAAGCUUAAGGGGUCUUUUUCUGAACCCAGCUCGUCGUGCUCUCCCUCCAACCAGGCCACGCUCAAAGUUUUCCUUUUUUUUUUUUUUUUGGAGAAGGGGAAAUUUUGCUGCAUUGAAUUCCUCAGGACGGGAUGUCAUCCGCAGUCAGGAGGAAUUCCUCAGGCUGACUGAUCCUCCGGCUGCACUGAAGCGAGAGAGAGAGAGAAGAGAGUGAGGGAGAAGGAGGAAAGAUGGGAGAUGCUGUAGAUGACAGAGGGAUGAGACAGACCUUCAUCGUCCCUGCCAUCAAGAGCUUCGAUCACUACGACUUCACCAGGGCCAAGAUAUCAUGCAGUCUGACGUGGCUCGUGGCCAAGGCUUUCGGCUCGGGUAGGUGGUGGCGCCUCAUAAUCGUCUCAUCUCUAGAUCAGAUUCAGUGCAAAAUACUUGAAAGAUUGUAGUUUCAUAUGUCUCUUAAUGUAGACUGAAGGUGAAUCGGACAUCAGGGGUUAAAAGUGGGUCUGUCGUGUAAACAUGAGCCUGUGAUCACAGGGAUCACAGUACUAUUACUGUAAUCUGGAAUGGUGAAAUAGUCAUCCAAAAUAGCUUUAUAUCCCUAAAAUUGAGCAGGUGUAAAUGUGUUCUCAUUAAGGUGACUUUUCUGUAUAAUUCAUUGAUUUAAAUUUGACUACUUUUCUCUAACUUGAGAGCUGAAGUCAACCAUUGCCUCAGUCAUGUUAAUGGAUUAAACUUGUUGCUAAUGCUGAUUCUCCCUCACUGCAGAAGUCAGGACAAACCUAUUAUGUAACACUCAGACUGCUGAUCUUUGCGAACAGGCUUCACUGACUGAUGACUGAUCACAGAUAUGUGCUCAAAGUUUGUGUUGUAGCUUAAGUUUAAUAAGCAGGAUGUGAAGUUUGUUUUUUUAAACUUACUGUACCUGUCUCACUUACUAACACAGAGUGCUAAUGCUUUUUAAACUCAAUAGGAACAGUAAGCUGGCCAGCUACUGUGGUCUGUCUCUUUCAUAAAAACAGCCUUUUAUUUAUCUGAUUCAUAUGUGAACUAACAAUCAUCAUUCUUUACUAAAACUUUGUACAGAUGUCAAAGAUAUUUAGUAAAACACUAUCAAAAUUUCAUGAUAAGAAAGCAUAAAACAGAACCUCUCUGGCUUAUUUGCUUAUAAUUUUACUUAAACGGUUUAUUUUUACAGUAAUUAAUGCACAGCAUACUGUAUUUAAGCUUAAACUAAAAGCUUUAAAUGUCUACUGUGCUUAAAGACAAUCCUUGCUAAUGAGAAACUGUAACCAGGGAAUAUGGCACAUUUGACAAUGACUUAAGCGAUCCAUAUGUUGGUGCUUAGUCUUUUGAAAUGUAGCAAUAAAUAGCUAUUAGUCAUGAAGCUCAACAUGGCCUUAAAACUCAAACUAAAAACUGUUAUGUUCAAUAUCAAUCAUCGCAAACAACUUCGCAAGCAACUUCUCAACUCACUUCUCAACUCAAUCCCUUUGCCUUUACUCAAGUCCUUCCUCUAUAAUCUGAUUUUCAUAUUAUGUGUGUUUUGUGCACAUGUGUCUGAGCUUUAGCCUGUCUCCUGCACAGCACUCAUGGAGAGUAAUUCCUGCCUCUCCUCAGCCCCAAAAGGUUUACUCGUGCUCCUAAUGAACGCUUUAGCCCAAGCCCACAGUACUCAGUCUCUAAGCAGACACCACACAGACGGACAGAGGUGGAGAUCAAACGACAGACCUCUGAAUCACACCCAUCGAUCCCACAGUGAGUGCCAAACAGAGCUGUGCACCAUCCACAUGUAAUGUUAGAGAGAGGCGCACAAAAAGAGGACAGCAACAUGUGAGAGAGCUGGUCUUGGUACAUAAGACUUGUGGCUGUUAGCAUACUGUAUAGCCAUCAUGUUGAUUCCUAUCCCUUCAGUGACACAGUUUCAGAACUGUGGCCCAAUUCAUAACUGCUCCUCAGAGCCGCGUUUGGCCUAGUUUGGACGGAUGAGCGACGGUUUAAAUCUGGGGAUGUUCACCAAUCUCCUAUCAGCUGAAAAAUUUGUACUGAAAUUUUGGAGAGAAAAUAAAAGCCUUUAACGAACAUCUGAUUACUAAGUCUUAUUAGUCUCUGAUUAAUAAGUCAGAGUCCAUGGUUUAUUCUCCUCUCAGCGCUUGGAUGAUAACCAGAUGGCGGUCUACUCUAGAACUGGUUUAUUGUGUUUUAUGAUGAGAUUAUUUGUAAUUGUGAGCUUUUGCGUUGUGAUGUUGAUGCAAAAACUUAGUAUUUUUUAUAGAUACCUGAAUCGAAACUCUCAUAUCUGUUAGGCUGGUCUUUGAGGAUACUGUGCAAGGCUGUGGGCAGAUGAAUGUGAAUAUUGAGUUUUUGGGUAGGCUUGUUAUGAUCAAGUGUUGUUUAAGAUCCCAAAAAAUGUGCUUUUAAACAUAAAAACAGCUUAUACUUUAACUAAGGAUCUGUUUCUUAUGUGGUCUUUCCAUAAAGAUCAAUUAAUAUGUCAAUCAGUGCAUAAGCAGCAUUGAUUUUGACCCCAUCUGGUGUUUCUGAACGUAAUACUUCGUUUUCUUCAAUGUCACUUAAGUUUAAUGUUAAACUCCUAGAUAGCAAAUUUAAAACUUGAUACAAGUGGAUGAUUUAACUUUUAAUGGAUGGGAGAGAUUUUUCUAUUGAGGCAAAAUUGUGUAAUUACACCAGUCAUGUAACAGCCUUUUAAACAGAAAUCUGAAUUAUCGCUUCAGCAUGAUUUAUAGUGCAUUAUUAUCUGCAACACCAUGAUGAUAUUUGCGGCAUCACAGCAGUGAUGUAAGCAGCCUCAACCACAGCUCACCACCACUUUCUCUUCAUUCCCCUUAUGCAGAACAUGUGUAGAAAUGCACUAUGCAGCAUCACUUAAAAUGAGGGGUUCAGUUAUGGUAGCAGAAACACUGUUCUGCCUCUAAAGCUGUGAGGGGACUGCUCAGUGGAAUCAGAGGGUCGUGACUGGCUUGAAGGAAAACAUGCGUAUUCCUCUCAAACCUGCAGUGAAGCAGGUUGAGGCUUUGAUCAGCGAACAGCAGUGCAGUGGUUUUCUGCUUCAUGUUUUCUGCUAACUUAGCUAUAAAAAAGAGAGAUUGAAUAUCCACUUCAUGGGUACAUUGAAGUCUAUCAGUUUGAUGCAUUGCAUGUCCUUUUAUGCCAUCAGGAAAGACACUGAAAUGUUUAUUGACAGCCAAACAAACUGAAGCAUACUCAAUGUUUAAAGGGAUAUUCCGGUGUAAAAUUAAUUUAGGGUCAAACACACUGUAUCACCGAGUUAGACACCCCCUUGAGAGAUGAAUGUUGCCGACCGCUUGCUUCUCUAGGUAUACUAACUUUAGUAACAACCGCAGGAUAGCAAUACACAGCGGUCUGAGGAGGCAUAAACAAACCUCAACCAAAACACCACUCUAUAGCCGCAAAUAAUUCUCAGAACAGCACCUAACUUCAUUAACAGUACAUAUAGGGUCCCAGCCAUAGCACUAGCCACCAAACAGCUUUUUAACUUUGCCCAAUUUCUUUAGCAAAGAGAAUAAACACAACUCACCUACUCUCUUCCAGCAGCCGCUUGUUUGUAGAGACCUCAGGCUAGGACUGGGCGAUUUUAUGAUCGUGAUCGAUGAUCGCGAUAAAUUUCAGUUCGAUCACGGUGAUCAGCUGUGAGCAUAUUUACUCGAUCAAACAUGGCAGAAACGUGCGUCACAACAGCCAAUCAGAGUCAAGCUUUUCCUGCUCACUUCUGUAAGUUACCGGAGAAGCAAACAGGAGAAGUGAACAGAAUGACCGAACAUGGAGCUAUGGAGCUAAACGCGGAGCUGAUGGCAGCAAAAUAGAUGUGAGCAGUGACUUUGAGUCAUCCUCAGAAGAUGGUAUUGUUAAGAAGUUAUUCAACGUCUCUCCAAAGUGACGUCGAGCAAUUAAGACGAUAAACCGGUAACUUAACAGAUCUGUUCUUCCCGAGUGAUUAUGCGGUAAGCAUGAAAAUGCGAGCGGAGUCUGCACAGCCUGUCACUGCUGACGGCACAAGUAGCAUUAGCAGUUUAGCCACAACUAGCGGUGCAGCCACCAGACCAAAACAGCCAUCAAUUAUAUACAUACCAGCCAACACUCCCGUUUUUCACUCUCCCGUGUUUCAGACCGAUCUCCCGCCCACCCCCCGUAUUGUCAUUUCUCCCGGGAAAUUCUCGUAGCAUGGUCCGCACUCAUUCAUGAAUCGGAUCACUAUGUUUGUCCAAAGUUUCCAGACAACCGGAGAUAGUCCUUUGUUUCUGCUGAGCCUUACAGACAGUGGACUUUACAGUUUUGGAUGAUUCAGGUCGGUUUCAGCUGUAAACUAUAUUUAAGCAGUGUUUGUUGCUAAAUGAACACUUCAAUGGAAGGAAAACAAACGCGAGAAAUGCGAGAGUGAUGCGUUCAGGGCAGCCCCGGAUAAAAGAGUGCUGUAUUUCAUGCACAGAUGUUCUGAGAGCCUCAUACGGGAGAGCAUGUAGAACAUGUAGUACUGAUGAGCUAAAAUAUUUUUUAGAUUUUUCUAAUUGUAUCUUUUUCCAUUUGCUUUGUUAUUUACUUCGUAUGUUAAUAAAAUGUUGAACUAAACUCUAGUUUUUAGUACAGAUACUUUAAAACUGGCACUUAAAAAAAAUCGUGAUAUUCAUCGAGAUCGGACGAUAUGACAAAAUAAAUCGUGAUCAUUUUUUUUGCCAAAUCGCCCAGGCCUACCUCAGGCCAGUCCAUUUCGGACUGCUGCGGGGUGACACAGCUCAAGGAAGAACAUUUUUGAUCAUUUCUUCAUGGAAAUGCAAUCAGACCGAGAUGCUAAGGCAGAAGAACACGGUGAUACGGUGUGUUUGACCCUAAAUUAAUUUUGUGCCGGAAAAUGCCUUUAAGCACUUACAAAGUGAGUACAAGUAUUUAGUGAUUUGUUUAUAUGACACUCAUCAUAAACAAGAAGAAGCGCCCCACUCUUGCUUUAAACUGUUUCAGCACAUUGUUUUGGUUUUAAACACACAGAUCUACAGUUUUCCAUUGUCCAAACAAUAGACUGUGUAAAACGGUGUAAAAGUAGCUUAUGUGAUUUCACUCGGGGGAGACAUUUUAAAGCCAAACAAAGCCAGUCAAGAAAGAAAGGGCUCAAUGAAGUAGAGCUGAGGUGGUAAAUGGUUAUGAUGUGCCUACCUGUUGGUCCACUCAGUCCUGCCCCUAGUUUGACAUAUAUCAAGCAUUUGAAGCCAGCCUCAAGUGGACUUUUAAGGAACUGGGUUUUUUUUAGUCCAUCAGUAGCUGUCAUUUUCAAAACCUGAGACUGGUCUGAACAUUCUUAUAAAGAAGUAUUUUCAGCAGUAAACAGCUAUUUUCAGUAAAAUUGACUUCACACUACCUUCAUGCGCCUGCAGUUAGCUGUUUAAUGUAGGACAGCAUCUACCUGCAAAAAUGGCUGAUAUAUACAUGAUGACCUUGUAGAAAUCGUUAAUAGAGUUAAAAGAUAACUUAAUAUGGACUUAUAUAUCUCAGGUGUGUAGAGCUAGGGCUUGAUAUAAUGUUCGAUGUAGUAAAGUUGGCUGACAUGACUUAAACUGGAAAAUAUCUCAGUACUGUGUUUAGUAGAAGCUGACAAAAGUGCUGUUGUGACUCUCUUUUUCAACAGUGACCACUUAGCCAGCAGGGACAAACCUCACUGAGCGUGAUGUUGUGUAUGCUGAGCUAUGAUCCUCAGGGUCUCCAGGGGAGCAGACCUCUCCAUGCCUGGACUUCCUGUAGCAGCAACUUCCUGUCUGUUUCCUCUUUGAUGGCAAACACAAAGGAGAGGAGAGACGAUUUUACUUGACGAGGCAGAUUUUUAACGUACUCUAGAAAAAUUUGCCUCUCAUGCUGUUUUAGCCCAUUGUUCAUUUUUACUUGAUUGACUUCAAAGCUUAAAGUUAAUCUGAUGAAACUUUAAGAUAACUUUGAUACGCAAACUGAAAGCUUCUGACUGUUCUUAAAGGAGCCCGCUGGAAGGAAAAAAAAAAACUCUUCUCACAAUGGUAGCAUAAUUGCUCACUCUUAUACCUCUCAAAUAAAUGUGGAUUCUCACAAGCUGAAUCCUUUGAGUACAGCUCCAUUAGCCAUUCAAGAUUUUUAAAAGUCUGGUUUAAUAGUUUCAUUAGAUGAAUUUGGUUUAACAUCUGCCUGUCUCUUUAAAUUUCUUUUCAUCGCCCAGUGUGGGGUUGUUUGGGGGGCGGUGCACUAACCAUAGCCACUGGAAAACUGCUGAGGUUUGAUCACAUGCUAAAUGGAUUUGUUCGGUACAAGCUUUAAAUGUUUGAUUUUAUGAUGCUGUGUGGUUGAGCUCUUUACUUGCACAGUGUUGAUGUUUUGAAGGAUUAAAGUACAGAAAGCUGCUCCUUUAAAGUAGAUUCCUUUAGUGUCCUUUUGUUUUCCUCAGUGUGAUUCAGAGCACAGCCAGAGAGGAAAUGACCCCACACACCAGGAAUACACACUCAAACUGGAGCACACAGUGUUUAAAAAGUGUGUCACACACACGUCGUCCUAUACAAGGAGAGUGGUGCAGAGACACAGUGUGUCAUUCAGUGUUGAACUGAUGACUAGAGUAGUAUAACUUUGAGUCACAGCAUGUGGUAUUCAAGUCUUUCUUGAACUCUGUGUGUGUGUGUGUGUGUGUGUGUGUGUGUGUGUGUGUGUGUGUGUGUGUGUGUGUGUGUGUGUGUGUGUGUGUGUGAGAGAGAGAGAGAGAGAGAGAGAGAGAGAUGUGUGAAGCUAUUUUCUUCAAAUCAGAUUUGCUGAAUGAGGUAACAGGAUUACAGGGUAGUCCUGCUUUGUAACAUACACCAACUCAGGCCACACACACACACACACACACACACGUGCGCGCACACACACACACACACACACACACACACACACGCACACGCAGAGCUUGGCUCUAUGCUUAGCCUUGGCUUACACUGCAAACGGACCUGAUGGCAUUGACCAGCGAUUGCCAACCUGGGGAAAUUGAGGCCUUAAGGGAUACACAAGUAUUGAGAACAAUUACAGUGACACUGUGCUGUGACACCUGAACACCACUUACUGCUAUCCGUGGUAAGUGUUGAUUAACUAAUGAGCACAGAAGUCUUAAUAUCUAUCAAAAUGAUUGAAUUCACAGGUUAAAUCUCAUGAUUAAUAGCGGGAAUAAUAAGUUACAAGUAAAACACAAGUGGUGUAAAUGAUAAGCUCAAACACCAGAUCGAUGGCUAAGUGGACAAACUGUUAAAAAGAUUAGCCAAAUGUUUGGUUAAACGGUUGUUAGCUAGCUAAACAGCUUAAACAGUUGACUCACAGCUGUAAUAGUUCUGUGAUUGACAAAAACAUUCAAAUGCCGGAUAAUGAGAAAUAGAGGAAUGGCUGAGCUGAAACUGACUGUCAUUACUAAAAGUGCAGUUAGCUAGCUAUGGUUUGAAGUAAUAAGGUCAAAAUGAAUGAAUAAAAGAUUAAAUGGUUAUGUUUCAGUAUGAAUGAGUCAAAUAUUUAGCAAAAUUGAAAAAUUGAUGGUGGGAUUAAAUUUUUCUUUUUUUAUAAUUAAGGGAUGAAACAGCCAAAGUGAUAGAUGAAUGUUUGAAAUAACUAUCCUCAUGCCUCUGCUGGUUAUGCAUUAUAAUGGUUAGAUUGGUUUAUUCCUGUUUAACCUGGCACAAUCAACAUACAACUUAUUCUCCAUCUUAUGAAAUCAGAACGAUACCAAAAUGCGCUGCUGAAAGAGAAACCAUCUCUCAUUUAUGUUUGUUUACAUCCAGGUAGUAGGACAUUAUUGCUCUUUGGAUACUAACAUGGCCACUAACUACUGUGCCACCUAGUGGAAGUUGGGAGCCCUACAGUUUAAACACAACAAAACAGUGAGACAUUUUAGGCCCACAUUGACCAAAAUGUUAAUAUUUUGUCUUAUAAGGUGGAGCCAGCUAGUAAGUGUGAAGACAUUUAAUUAGGGUGGUUAAACCCCUAUUAGAAAAUCAGUCUUUAGACCAACACACUCUGCUCCAGUGAUGUUUUUCUACACAUGUUCAUGGUCUUUACCAUGUUCUCUGUUUGUGUGUUUGUAGUGCAACAAGCUUUGAGCUGGUUGUGGUCAUGAAGGUGAAACUCUAAGCAACAAAAUGUUGGGAUUGCCAUAGCAACAACAACACAGGGAAUAUAGAAAUAGUAGCAGCGUAGCUUUUUCAGUUGCCUGCGAGAAUUCACCAUAAAUGAUGGUGUCACAGCAGAGAUAGAGGUAGAGGGCAAGGGGUGAACUCAAAUCAUAAUCUUGCUUUUCUGUGUCUCCCUUUCUCCGCUCAGAUGCAGUACCAGAGGAGCUGGUUGAGCCUUUCUACAGGGACCAGUACAACCAGGAGCACCUGAAGCCCCCGGUGGCAUGCCUGCUUCAGUCUGCAGAGCUUUACUGCAGGGCAGGAAGCCUGAUCCUCCGCAGUGAUGCUGUCAAACCUUUACUUGGACAUAAUGCUGUCAUCCAGGCUCUGGCACAGAAAGGCCUGUAUGUCACAGACCAGGACAGACUGGUGACUGAGAGAGAUCUGACCAGCACGCCCAUACACAUGGUAAGUUACGUACUGGAUGGAAAAUAUACACAAUAUACAGAAUAAAAAUAUACAUUGUUUUGUAAACUUUGAAAAAUUGGGCAUCAAACUGGGAACAAUCCAAUCUGGUUAUUUCAGACCCACUUUAACACCUGUCGUAGUAUGUCUGCAAACCAGCCAAGAUUUUAACUAAGGAUAAAUUUACUUAGAUCAUCUGUAAGAUUUCAAAUCCUAGCAAAAAAAAAGUCUAUCAGGAUUUAACAGACUUUAUACUAACAUCUUAAAAUCCCUUUUUUUGUUUUUUGAGUGGUGACCCAAAUCCCUAGCCUAAAAAAACUUAAAAUAUUCAAUCCAGUAAUUGUUUCAGGAUGGUGAAAACUCUGGAUAAAGUUUCAGGUUUUGCAUUUUUACUCCCCCAUAGGAAUUAUUAAUAAGUGAGUUAUUUGAUAGUGUGUUUGUGUGAACAGCUCCAUGUGUAGUACUGCUAGACUGUCCUCCAAGAUCUGUCCUAUUGAGAGAAAAACACACACUAAUGAUGGGUUUCCUAUAGCAACCCAUUACCCACUGUUCAGCCUCAGUGUCAUUAUACAGCACAGGGCAAACAUGACAUGCCUAAGCCCACACCACCAAGAGAAGUUCUUGUACUGUGUUGUUAAUAUGCGCCAUGAAAGACUGAAUAAGGGGGUGAAGCACAACUGCUUUCAUUACUGAUUGAUAAUAACUACAAUAUUCAUUAUAGAGCCUCUGGGAUAUCAGAGAAGACAACCACUGGCUCUGACUGAUCAAUCUGAUUUGAGACAUUUUAUAAGUGCUGAUCUGGAGUGUAACAACAUCACCAGGACUUUUAACUACAAUAUAAGCAUCCCUCCAUCUCAACCCAAUGAUCCAGAUACAAUUAAUUUAACAAUAUUGCAUUAUAUGAGGCGAUCUACUGCUGUGAUUUAGGCAAACGUAUGAGGCUGCAGUGCUGAAAAUAAUGAAGGUGCUGAUAUUGAGUACAACAGCUCAACCCUGUGUACAACAUGGUUUUAAUACGCCAGCUCUCUAAGUGGAAUUAAGAUGUGGAAACAAUAGUGAUGGAUUGCUUUUUUAAUGACCCAGGCAUUACCCUGCCUACACUCUUGCUACUUCAUGUGAUUGAUAUGUAUUGUACAGGCUGAGGCAGAAUUAUACACACGUGGGGAAAAUCAGCACUCACAAAAGGCUCUUGUCCAAUCAGAUGAUUGGUUGGACCAAACAGUCGUUUAAUUGAUAUUAAGGGUCUUUUUCUUUGUUGAAUAAGUCUACACUCCAGGAUUACAGAGACCACCAAAGCAUGACUGAGGGUUAAACUGAUACAUACAGCUAAAUGCUGCAUUCAAGUUACUUUGGAAGUCAGAUAUCAGAGCGGGGAAAGACGUCACACCCUAGUUCCCAACGUUUCAGUUACCAAGUCGGAAAAUAGCAAAAUUGGAGGACUAAAACAAGAUGGCUACAUCUACGAAAGUUAUUUUAACGCUUGCCUUGUCCAAAUAGAAGGCAAGCACUAAAAUAACAUAGAUGUAGCCAUCUUGUUUCUGCCUCAGAUUUAGCUUUUUUUUCGACUUGGUAACUGAAACACUGGUAACUCAGGUAUGACAUCAAUCCCAGCUUGGACAUCUGACUUCCGAGGUAACUCGAACGCAGCAAAAGUGUACAGUAUAGAAAGAGUGCAAAAAGCAUUGUGGUUGCUUGGCAACAGCAAUUUUUUUGGUGAAAGUUCUGGAGUUCUUGAACUGUUUGCACUGAUAAAGUUUGAAUUUAGCCAUAAUGUCACAAAUUUGUCAUAACUACUUUCACUGUAUCAUGUAGCUGUGCUGAUUUUCAGUGUAACGUUUUUCCAGUGCAUGUGAUGGAAAGAAGUUUUGGUCUCACUAAAAUCAAAUCACUAAAAAAAAUCUAAGGCUGUUUUGUUUGGCAUUAAACAGUGAGCAGCAGAAGAAUCUUGAAAUGAGUCAGACUUUCUUAACAGAAGUCUGGAUCAUUUUCUGUGGAGAUGUAAAACAAAAACACUGUCACUGUCGGAGGAGAGUAGACUGUAAACCGUAAAACGCUUCAUUUAUGGCUUUUUAGUUUUGAAAGGAGGGCGAGUCUGUGACAGCAUGAUCCAGACGCACUGCUACCACACGCAUGGCUGGAGACCAGGCACUUUUGCUGACGCCAAAAGGUGUCUGCAUUGCAGUGCACCCCCCUUUUCUCUCUCCCUCCCUCCCUCUCUUUAUCUGUUUCACUGUUUCGUUUCUCCUCUGUCGCAUCCCCUCAUCUCUCUCUCUCUUUUUCUGUCAUGGUCAAUGCUAGUUCUCUACCACAGUUUCAUCCUACCUCUAUCUUUGGGGAUUAAACAGGACUGGGACCCUGCUAUCUCCUGAAUUUUUAAUUUAAGCUUAAGCAGGUUUCAUCAAGCACACAUUUCUUUCCUUAUUAUAGGUUUUAACACUUACUUUAAUCUUUCGUCAGCUUGUGCUCUCUCUUCUUUGCAGCUCUAGAUGACAUUUCAAAGACACUAGUUGUGGAUGUUUUUAUGUUUACAGCCAAGUGUGCGCACUACAGAACUCAUCCAGUAAAGUAGUGAUGUACAGUGUCCGCUUUAUAAUUUAACUUCCUUUUACACAUGCACAAAUGUAUAUUUGAGUCUAUACUUAUAACUCCUCGUCUUUUUGAUCCUGUGAUUUAGUAGACAACUGCAGUGACAGUGUUUAGUCGACUAAAUAGAGCCUCCCUUUGACUGUUGACCUUCAUUUGUGUUACACACAGCCAGGCAAUUUGUAAGCUGUCCAUCCUAAUUCUUCAUUUCAGUUUUAGUUAACAGUUCUUCGUGCAGAGGCGUGUGAGUGUAUUUGUGGAAUCAGCAGGGCUCUUUCAGUUACCCUGAAGUCGAAGCUUUUCAUUUUGGGUUAUGGUAUAUCCGCAGAGAAAAUGAUGACCUCAUGGUUUUUCCUAAGGAAUAAGUCAUGUCAGCGCGGAGAAAGAGGAUAGAGGAGGAGGAGCGUGGCAGUUUGUCACAGGACAAAUGGAUUUGGAAAGAGAAGGAGGGAAAAGGGGGGAAAGAUGGAGUAUAGGGGGCUGCCAUUUGGCUGCAAUCCAGGUGAAGGAAAGUAGACCAAGAGAGGAGAGGAAAGGGUGAGUGUGAGAGUCUCGAUAUGGACGAAUGGAAAGGGCUGUGGAAGGCGGGAAGGAAACUUAGAGAAGAGAAGGGAAGAAGAAGAAUAAGGUCUCGCCUUUCUUGCUGCAAGAGAGAUGACAUGUGUGCGCCAGAAAAAGAGUCCAAUGUUAACAUGGCCAUCUGGAAAGAAGAGCAGAGGAGGGGGAGUAAAGCAGGGGAGGAGAAGAGAGGCGAGGGUUUAGUAGAGGAGAGGAGGACGGAGGAGGACGUGAUGUGCACUACUGCAGCACUGUGAAGGAGGGUGGGGUCUCACACUGAGUCAAAGCACGUCUGGCACACAAUUGAGAGCCCCCCCUCCUCCCUAACACACACAAAUGAAUACACACAACUCUUGUCAGACCUCCAGCAGUGUGCACGAGACCCUCGUGUCCACCAUGUCUAGCUCUACCUUCCUCUCUCUCUUUGAAUCUUUCUCACACAUGCCCACAUGCACUGUCCUCUAACUGCUGAAACACUGAGACAGCAAAGUGACAGAUGAGGGAGAGGCAUAGCAGUAAUUGAAGCUUUCUGCAGAGGGGCGUGUACCCUCAUCCAAGAGCAGAACAACGCUGAGAUUUGGAGGUUUUCAUGGAUGCAUGUGCGAGAAAGAUGGCCAAAGCACUCCUUACUAUAUGCUGCAGUUUGGAAAAUUGCACAAUAAUGUAAGCGACAUCUGAAUAGAGACAAACAUGCGUACAAAGUUGCACCACAAAGCAUUUGUGCAGCUCAGAUGUAGGUCAUUUUCCAGUGUGUUCCUAUGUUAAAGGACACUUGUGAUGUUUGUGAAGAGGUUACUUUGAUUAGCUGUUUGCUCAGCUGUAAAGUUCCUUCCUAUGGAUGCCUUUGAUCAAGGACACACACACGCACACACACAUGGUCACACAACGGUGCUGGGCUUGAAUACUGAUGCUGGUGUGGGAUAGUGUGCCUGAGUUCACUGCAGCUCUUUAUGACCAGUCUCUGCCAUUUCCACAGCCUUAUAAGGCGUGUCUGUAACCAUCAGUGUUUUGAAUUGUGUCUGUGCACACACACACACGCACGCACACACACACACACACACACAGGCACACACACGCACAGUCACGCUCAGCACAAAGGUCUCAGUGAAGGGAUAAUAGACAGCACAUGGCUUUGAAAUCCAUGCUGUGGUGUAAACAAUAGUGGACUGAAGAGUCUGUAGAUAUGUAAGCGUGAUCCCAUGGUCUGUGUGCCCUCUACGCUUUCGCUGUGUUCACUUUGGUAAAGUCACAUGAACAUACAUAUGCACACUAACUAUGAAACAUACAAAUCUUCACAGCACACUGAGGAAGAGCAUCAAGAGACAUAUGGAGGUCAGCAUAUAAUCCAAGUCCCUAAGAUGCGCCAAUAAUCUUUCAUUUAUAAUCAUAAAUUUCUCUCUAGAACUCCAGGAGGAUUUUUAGGAUCACAUGACAAGCAUCAUUGGACUCCCUGAAAAAGUAAACCCUCCUCUGAUCUACUUAAAGGGAUACUUUAAUCAGACCAUUACUCGUGAUGUGUGUUUAAAUUACAGGGUCCAUUUGGCUUGGCAGUCAACACAGAAACAGCUGGUGUGGCUCGAGCCGAAACGUAGUCACCAAUUGACACGUUAAAUCUGUAGAGUUUAUCAGUGUACAGGCUGAAAUAUUUGACAAUACUCUAAAAUAGGUAUAUACACUGUGUAAAAUAAAGUCUCCCAACAUCUGAGCAGGGCCUGUUAGUAGCCACAGGAAUAUCACCUAAUCUUUUUUGUAUACUGGACAAUGUGCAUAUUAUAGAAAAUUCAAGAUAAUUUGGUCUUACUUAGUGUACAUGUAACAGACUAAUGUUGUAAAUUCAUAAGAAAAAAAAUCAUGAUCUCAGUCUCUAAUUAGCCAUUAUAUAUUAUUUUAAAGAGAAAGCUCAAUAGAGCAGCCAGCUGCCCAAGCAGCAUAAGAAAUACAGACCAUCUUGUAAAGUUAUACUGUAGUAGAAGUUUCAUUAAUUACUAAAUAUCCAGUCUUCUUUAUUAGAACCAUAUUGUUGUAAGUGUAGGGACUCUUGAGGAGCUUGUGCAAAAUAGAGUCUGCUCUGUACACAUUACUCCAACCACUGUUUGUCCUCACAUGUUUGAUAUAACUUCAGGAAAUUAUCUACGGUCCUCAUUUUAAAGCAGAUAUACUGUAGAUUAUUGGUGUCAAAGCCUGUAGUUGUCACUUCCUUCUCAUUAAAAUAGCUAUAUUCUUCAAGUCUCAAUUCUUUUUCAUCCUUCGCACAACCUCUCUCCACUGUUGUAUUAUUGCAACCCCAGUCACUUUGAAAAUAUACAAGGCAAACACUUUUGUCGAGUGAAUGGUUUUGUUUUUACAUCCUACAACAUGUGUAAAAAUCGACACAAAAAAGCAGCCCAUGAAUUGAAAACUAACCAUCACUCUGAACAAAUGCAUAUUCAUGCGCAGACACUUAAAUGAGAUUUUGACUGAUUUUAAGAUUAAAGGGUUUAAUGCAAAGGAAUCCAAAAAAUCUCAGUCAAAGGAAAAGUGAGUGGAGUUUUCACAAAAAUAAGGUCUUGCUGACCUCUCCAGUGUUUUAUUUUCUCUACUGUUCAUCCAGCUGUCAGCCAGACUGGAUACUGUACUUCUUGAGGGGAAUGCAUGCAAUGUCAAAAAUCUAGUAAUAUCCUGAAAUGAAGGAAUGUGAAGAAGUGUCAUCUGCAAACACAAACAAAAGUUAAAUAUCAGACUCCUUUUGUUCAAGAGCCAACCCAAACUAUACCGCGCCCCUCUUUAAUACGCUACAGAUGGAACCCCAAUAACAACAUAAUGUAUAUUCUUCGUCACAUCAGGAUUGAAUCAACACAGGAAAAAAAGCUGGCCCUCAGAUCUUAUUGCCCUCCUCUCUAUUUUGUAAGAUUUCAUUAUAAUGGUUUAUUUAAUCAUAAGAUAGGUUCAUUUAUUGGUAUAUUUAUCUUUGUUUAAUGUGAUCUCACUCAGAUCAGAGGCAUUAAGAAGUGAGCAAUGUGACUUACCUAUUAAGGCUGUCUUAUUUCUUUAAAUGGUCAGAUCACUGAUGAAUAGGUUUAGGAUCAGGUAAGGAUACAAGGACAUAAGGUCACACUGUAGUCUCAGCACUUAUUUUCCAUGAUAUAUUAUUAUUUCUCUUGUACAUGCUGCGUCUUCGCUCUGGCAGUACAGUGACGUUUCGCACUGAAGUUGUAGCGCUGGAUCAGAUGUUAUGUUUUUCAGGGAAACACUUGGUCACACUGGCAGUUACACGAGGCUCUGCGGUUAUGAAUAGAGGCCUGUGCUUGACAGCAGAGGCUCCGCUGGGAUGUGGAUCAUGGAGCGCCUGACUUUAGGUGUUUGUUCAGUUAGGUUGGAAACACAGACAGAUGCUUGGGUAAACACACACAGAAAGUGAUUUUUUGGGGUAGAACUGUGGUGUAACAGGAAAGGGAAGGGAAGGUCUGCUGGUCUGACCAGGCUGGUAUGGGAUUAGAAAAGGCCAGCAGAAUGUCAAGCUUUGUGUAGGUGUUGAUGGCUGCUGGAACCACUCAUAUAAAGUGAAUGCCUAAAGAGUGGGCUGUGUGUGCAAUAAAAAUAGAGUAGUUCUACAUGAAGAGGUGUUAGAGAGUGAGUAGUAGUUUCAUUUCAUUAAAUAAGAAAGGUCGAUCUCUGGAGCUCAACUUAAUGUGAUAGGGAGCGUAUGAAAAUUAAAAACAGGAACUCUACAAAUGAGCCAAAUAAAAAUGUACUAGCAUGGGAAACUCUGCAUUGUCAUUUACCUUGUCAUCAGGAAAAGUGUAAGAUGUGACAUGAUGCCUAAAAGUGUGCAAAAAAAGUUUUCAUUUGCUGUCCUUCACAUGCCAUUGAAGAAGCCUUUCUGUGCUUAAUCUAAAGAGUUCAUCUUUUCACAUCUUUUCUUUUCCUAGAUAAGAAAUGUUUCAAUCAUCUCAAGGUUUAGCUGAAUCCAAAUACCUGUUUUUCAGUUUUUUGUCGGGAUGUCCUAAUCCAAUAUUGAUAUCGGAUAUUGGUCCGAUAUCAGUAAAAUAAAUCUAAUAUCUGAUUAUAUCAGCCUGCAUCUAGAUUCUCCGAUAUCAGCAAUCUGAUACAAGCAAUCCAUUCCUGACUACCCUGUAGCACCUCUAUCCAGCAGCACCUGGAUCCAGCAUGCAGAGCCCACGUGAUCACAACAACAGUCAGUGCGUUUACAUGACACUCGAGAAAACCAAAUUAUUGUCUUACUCCGAUUAAGACCGGACAACUGAAGUGCAUGUAAACACCUUAGUCUGGCUAUAACCAGAGUUUGAAAACUCUGAUUGGAGUUGGAGAACUCCCAGAUAAGACACCCAGAUGAUGCAAUUGGAAUUCGAUUUUCUCUACCAUGUAACCAGCGUAGUCAGAGUAUGAUAGGAGAAUGAAUGUGCACAUGCGCCAUGCCCUGUAACUCCGGAACAAAAACACCGGAGAAGAGGAGUAGCGUGCACCUCAUCUGCAGAAAAAGUAGCACGUACAUCAACAAUGCUGUACGAUGCUCCAUCUUCUUGCUCGAAAAUGCCCAGCAGCAGUUGUAGCCACUGGCACAGACCUGCUGUUGUUGUUGGGUAAACCGGACACAGCUCCUCUGAAAAGACCCAUAUUGCCCCCUAGUUUUGGGGAGGAGGACCCUUUCCCAUCCAUAAUUCAAUUUUCUCAGCUGCAUGUAUAUGUUGACAAGGAGGGAGGUCCAAUUGAGUAAGAAAACCGAAUUAUGAGCUUAGGCCGAUUAAGCUGUGCAUGUAAACACACUGAGUGUGUACUAAGGUACCUACCAAGUAGCAAGGAGUAGGAGUGAUGUCGGCCGUGUGCCAGUAUUUUUCGUCUAAUUCCGAAAAAGAUGUUGCAGCUGAGUGCAAAACUUGUCAUGCACAAGUUUAUGCCAAUAUUGGAUUAAUAUCGGUAUCGGCCAAUACUGAAGGCUAACAUAUCGGUAUUGUAUCAGAAGUAAAAAAGCAGUAUCAAACACCCCUAGUUUUGGCUACUUUUUUCUUCAGAAAUACCCAGAAAGUUUCACUUUUAAGUGGAGAAGAAAAUGGGAGGCAAAGUUGAGCCUGAAGGUAUUGGUUUUGUGUUUGUGGAAAGUAGCUGAAUCAUUAAAGCUAAUCCUGGCGAUGCUGCUGUUUGUCUCCACAGAGUUCCCACCUCGCACUCAUAGACACCCUGAUGAUGGCGUACACUGUGGAGAUGGUGAGCGUGGAGCGCGUGAUGUCCUGCAUCAACAGGUACUCUUCUGCUGAUCCCUCGCAUAGCGAGAGGCACGUCCAGGAGCUGCCUUAUGACACAGAGGACGCUAUCACCACCUGGAUCAACAAGGUACACAGACACACUGAGGCAUAUUCGGGUGAACACAAAAACCACAAGGACAUGUGCUUUUUAUUUGAGAGGAUAACCGCUGAACAAACCCUCCAGUCUUUUUCAAAAGCAGACACACUGUGCUUUCUUUCACUCCAGAAAUAGAAGACACACAAGAGGGAAGAUUGUCACGCUCAAUCCCCCCACUGCUGCUUCUCAAUCCAAUAAGCUUCCAAGACAAACUAGAUGGAGAGCUGGUAUCAACAACAUUUAAUCAUGUUGAUGAGAUUACCCCGAGAUAACUGACUUAACCUCACCUUCUGGUCUAUAAAGCUGGGUAGGGAUGUGAAAGCCUGACAAAGAUUUAAAAUGGCAGAAAUUUGCAUCUUUUGUGUAUUUAAUGAUCUGAAAGACUAUUAACUUACUAGAAGCGACUUUGACUGAGCUUGCGUUCAUUUUUUUAAAGGAAUUUUGGCACUUAACAUAAUGUGCUGACCUAUAUUACCCAUGUCGGGGAAAAAAUGAAACGAGUUCUAUAAUAGCAUUGGUUAAACAUAAUUACCAUAGAUCAGGGCUCACACUCCAAAUUAAAUAAGCUGUUCAUGUGCUUACGUUUUAUCUUUCUAUCCAAAAAGGCAGAGAGGUGAACAUGUAGAUUUGAUUCACAGACACAAACAGAAAAAACGAGCACGCGGGAGCUCUCUGUGUGGCUCAGUGAUGAAGCACAACAAAGUUGUUGUUGGCCGAUGCGACCUUGUGCGUCCUCAGGCCAAAAUGUUACAUCACUGUUUGUACAGACCCUUUGGAGACAGAAAGGUAGUAACUGUAAAAAGAGGGGGCUUUCAGAGGGAAAUGCUAUAAUUAGAGUCAUCUUUGAAGUUCUUUGCAGAGUUUGUUUGACCAGGAACUCGACUGAGCUCUGUGUAUAAAGUUCCAGUCAAAUGUAACGUCGGUGGCUCAUGGUCAGUGGUGGUGGUGAAAAGUUUACUUUGAUGUGUGCUCGUUUUUUGUUCUCAUGUUCAGGUUUCUCUUCUCUCUGACACAGACUCACCAUUCAGUGUCUGCGUGCACAAAAUGCUUGUCUGAAAUCUGACCUUGAUCUCUCUCUCUCUCUCUCUCUCUCUCUCUCUGUGCCUGACUGUCUCUCCCUCCAGGUGAAUGAACACCUGAAGGACAUCCUUGUGGAGGAGCAGAAGCUGAGAGAGGCUUCAAACCAGGAGUCAAACUCAACAACACACAAAGUGAGAAUACUUACAAGCUUUCCUUUUUUUUGUGAAGACAAUGGUGAAAAAGGAGAGACAAAAUCUUUCUACCUUCACACACACCGGAAUAAACAACAUUUUCAAACAACAUCAGUUUCUCUUUUUGCUAAACCUAGAGUAACCAUAUUCUGAAUCCCCAAAUAGAGGACAUGGUUACGCAGAGGGUCGGGUUUAGUGUUUUUUAUGUGCUUCUAACUCAGGAAGUCCACACGACACAAACUCAAAACUUCUAUAUAAAACCUCCGACAUUUGAAGGAUUUAUAAACUCCAGCCCCCAAAAAAGAGGACAUGUCCGGGUAAAAGAGGAUGUAUGGUCACCCUACUAAACUUUGACAAACACAGAACUGAUUGUAGAUAGAGUUAGCUCAUCUGUUAGCAUAGCUUAAACUCCCAGAAAGAACGCAAGUAUCAUUUAAAAAAAACAUUGAGUUUUUCCUAAUUAUUUUUUUAUAGGUAAAAAAAGGAAAGACAAAAUCUUUCUACCUUUACACACAAUAUCUCUUUUUGCUUAACAUGGACAUAAACAGAACUGAUUUAAGCUAGAGUUAGCUCAUCUGUUAGCAUAGCUUGUACUGCACUCCCAGCAAGAAAGCAAGUACCACUGAAAAAAAAAGAGUUUUUCCAGUUUCUUUUUUAUAGGUGAAAAAAGGGAGAGACAAAAUCUUUUUACCUUAACACACACCGGAAUAAACAAUAUUCAGUAUGUCUUUUUUGCUAAACUUGGACAGAAACAGAAUUGAUUUAAGCUAGAGUUAGCUAAUUUGUUAGCAUAGUUUAUACUCCAAGCAAGAACGCAAGUAUUAUCGAAAAAACAUUGACUUUUUCCUGUUUUUUUUAUAUAUCUCAAUAUUUUGAUAAGGCUACUACUACUACUUUUGCUAUCAAGCGCUGGCACAUGUCUGUGUCCACACUAGGCACAUGCAGAAACACAUGAUAUGAACGCAUUAGCCUACAGCACAGUGCACACAGGGCUCAGUGAAUCAGAGGAACAGAUGAGCUCAGUCUCAGACCAGCUGCAGAGAAAUGUUGGCAAGAGUCACAACACUGCUGUUAGAGGAGAAAGGAAAAGAAAUGUGAGGGGUGGAGAAGAAAUGGGGAGAAAGAGUGACACACAGAGCGGGAGAGAGAGAGAAAAAAAAAUGAGGAGGAAUAAUCGGGGAGAAAUAAGAGGGUGGAGGACACAGAGGGGGGGCUCUCAGGAACUUUGUCAGCUGUAGCAGAAGACAGUCAGUGACAGACAGAGGCAGCGUUGUCAUCCUGCAGGCCUCGUGGUUAUGUAACAAGUUGAUCCACUGGGAUGAACACAUGCAGCAGUCUGCUACCAUCCUCUUCUACUCACUUAACCAUAGAGUGCUGUAACUUAACAGGUCUUAACAGGUCACGACCCCACCUCUGGUCGGUGCUUGAAAAAACAUUCAAGAGCGUGAAGUUUAAAAACUGGAAAAGAAACAUCACUGCACAGUGAGUGUGUACACAUGGGCAGCAACACAACUGAACUGAGCUAAAUGAAUAGCUGGAUAGAUUCACUUACUGCAAUUCAACACCAACUCAAAGAUCUAAACACUGACUGAAUGUGUAAGUACUACUAGACUAUCAUUGCUGCCAUGAGUCUACAGCCAUGUUAGCUGCUCUGUAAGGCUCUGCUUAAACCAUGGUCUGUUUAGAGCAUGGACAUGGUCUCAGUGAUGCCACCCACUGGUUUCUGAAGAGGUCUAGAGGCCCAAACAUGGCAGCCACCACAUACUGUACAUUGAAAACUCAGACUUUGACUAUCUUCAGCUGCUUUUUUCAUUUUCUGUGCAAAUUUUAGAUGUUAUUUAUCAGCUUGAGUAACAUUUUCCUCAUCAGCUGUUGAGUUUCAUUGUUGCAGAACCACAUAUAUACUAGGGUGUCCAUAUUCCGACUUCCCUAAAAGAGGACACGACUACGUGGGGGCGGAGUCACAGAGUCGCAUGAAGUUAAUUUUGAGAGUUUUUUGGUUGGAUCGAUGUCCUUUACGCUCCUCUUACUCAGUGAGUCCAUGUGGCACAAAAUCGAAACAUACGUACGAAACCGCAGACAUUUGAAGGAUUUUAUAAACUCCCCCGGACAAAGCCGGACAAACCCGGACAGCCCCCAAAAAAAGGACAUGUCUGGGUAAAAGAGGACAUAUGGUCAUCCUAACAUAUACAAGAUUAUUAACCCUUACCUUUAAGUCCAGAUAAAAGGUCCAAAUUUGUGUUUUAGAUGCAUCCUUGUAGUUUAGGGGUUGACAUGGUCAGUAGCAUUAAUUCUGCAGGAAACACAAUAUCAGAGUUUUUGAAGCAAAGGGGUGGACUGACUGACAGAUUCACACAAAGCCAGGACACAAACAAGCCUGUAAAUAGACUGUAACAACCCAAAAUGUUUAUGUGAAACUGCUGUUUUGUGUCACAUAAUGACAGUGUCCCUAGUCCCUCAAUUAGAGCAAAAUUUCCUCCGUCUUCAGAGAGCUUCAGGGAGUCUCAAGUGGCUGAAUCCGUUUAAAAGGCACUUUUAUCUACUGUGGGAGCGUCUCGGUGAAGAUUUUCUCUCUCUAAGUCUAUUUCAGAAUAGUGCUAGUGAUUAUUCCCUCACUGUGACUGCCCUGAGUACUGGUGAUACACUCGGUGAAUGUAACCCAUCCCAGACUGACUCUCAUAGACACUCCAGGCUUUAUCAAAGACAACAAGUUACAACGAGAGAGAGGAGGAAUACGCAGAGCUCUCAUUGUCAGUCAGCUGCUUUCUUACUCCAUGCUCCAUCACUGAGCUCCCUCUUUGCUUUAUCAACCUGAACAGAAGUCUAUUCAGCGAACAGGACAAACUCAGAGCAGAUAAUUUCACACAUGCACACGCACGUAUUCCUGCACGAACGCACACACAGUUAUGAUCGAGCACAAGACACUUCUCAGAGAGUCUCCUCUAUUUUAGGACGGUGUGAAAAAUCUUUCACUCCGGUCUUAUGACUAGGAUCUCAGCAUUUUUUCUGCAGGGAUACUUUAUGAAUGUUGGUGCUUUGCAUUAUAAUCAGUCAAAUAAUAGACAAGUUGGAUGAUUGUAAGUGAUUCUGAAGCUUCUCUAUUUAUAAGCAUAUAUUUUUAGGUUUUUGCACGGUUGAGAUUUAAGGUUGAGAUUUUAUUUUUAAUUUUUCACUGAUUUGCAACAUACCUCAACAUAAGGCCCUUACAUAUUUUCAGAGGUUUUUAACAGUGAAGGGCAAGUUUUAAAGUUAACACUUUAAUAGCCAAAAAUAGACUUUUGUUUAAAAAAAAAAACAAGAAAAAAAAAACACUGGCUGUGGUGAAGAUACCUGAACAGUGAGUCACCGCAGAAAUUAAGUCUUAAACUGGAUCUCAGAUUGGCUUUAUUUCCCACUACUUUGCUUCUAUAUGACAAACUACUCUAUUUUAUUAAAUUAUUAGUACUCUUUGUUUGUUAUCUGCAUUUAUCAUUCAGUUUUUUUCAGAAAAUGACAAACAAGCAGGAUGAAAACUCAAGUUGUGUCCCAUUGACUUACAGCUCUAGAGUUGCAAAGCGUUUUGCUUGCUGUUGGCCUAACACUUCUCCCACUCUCUCUUGUUGUUGUCCACUCAUCUUCCUACAUCAAGUCUCCUAGCAAAUGGUACUGGAGAUUAGUACCUGUAAGUCCAUCCAUUCUGAAGAACUUCAUUAACUACUUCCACAGCAUCAAACCCCCAACCUGCAAGAUUACGCCCGUUUACAUCCUCAUCUUGUAUUCUCUUGUCAUUGCAUGUGGUCCUGAGCCCCAUCAUGCAUUGGUCCCCCACCUCCCAUCCUAUACCACCCCAGCCCUCCCUGUCAGAUCCCUAUAUAGUCCUUCAAAGUUCCCUCUGGAAAAGCGCUUAUCGAUCCAUUUCAUCAAAAAUACUGUAUGUUUGUCAUAUGAAGGCUGUCUACUUUGAGAAACUGAUACCACUACUGGUAUCAAUGGCUUCACAUUUCCUUUUCUUGUUUCAUCUGUGAUGCCUUUUGUCUCCGUUUUGGUUUGAAACAAGGGCCAGGUUGCUGUUUUCCCUCUCCAUCUUUUUUGAGUUGAAACUUACUGCCGCAAAAAAGUUUAACUGUUUCUUUUAAACCAAAAAGAAAGGACGACAUUUCUCCUUUCAGAGGUUGAUGCACAUCCAGAGUGGCUGUAAAACAGUGAUAGCUGCUGGCUGAAACUGGACUGUUAGAUCCCUGAAGACAAAUGUAGAGUUACUCCUGUGAGUUUUACAGCUCCAGUGAGGUGCGCAGAAAACCUGGAGGCAGAAAGAACCUUUUUACUAAGAUGAUUAACUUUUAACUCAUGUUUGGAGCAGCAUUUUCUGCCACAGCACCCACCACUGUAGAAGCAAAGACCCUCAAUGCUAACCAGAUGUAUGGAGCUAAGAAGAAUUGAUUAGUUACAUGCAUUUGUCCCCCUCCCCUCUGUCUGGAGUACUAACCCAAUCCUCAUGAGCAAUCAUAGAUAGCAUCAAGGGGCUGCGGUGUUAUGAUUGCCUUUUUUCAGAUGCAUCUUAAAGUAAGAUGUCAGAAAGUGUCUCAUAAUUGCAUGAUAUAUUUAUUCUGCACUCGAUAAGAAAAGCCUGAGCCCACUUUUUUGCCUGGAAUACCUUUAAUUAUCACCUGUCUGCGAGUGUGUGGGUGUGAAUGAGGUGUUUGUUUCCUGGUGCAUGUGGAUAAAAGUGUGACUGCACCAACAACCUUAUACAUCUACCCUGAUGACACAUAAAGGUGAUGUCUUUGUGCCGUUGCCAUGGUUUCAGGCUCGCUACAGGAAGGAGCAUGCUCAGCAGAAGAGUGCUCCAUCACUCCCCCUGGUGGAGAACCUGCUGAAGGAUAAUACAGACGGCUGUGCCCUGACCACCCUUCUUCACUUCUACUGCCCACAAGCCGUCAGAUUGGAAGGUGGGACUGCACCCACAGUGACCUCACCCACUUGAUAUUAUCAGACACGCCCUCUUUUAUUGUAAUUGUUCCUAAAAGUAAACAAGACUACAGUCGGAGCAGUCACUCCAUUAGAAAUAGGAAAGAAAAGGCGUACAAUGAACAGACCACAAUGAUUUUCAGUCAUAAGCGGGGCACACAAAGGGCUCUUUCUGCUCUUCAACUGUACAUUUUAACAAGGGCUUGGAGCACAGAUCAGAUUUUAUAAAGAUUUUAUAAAGGCUCAUGUGUGUUUUGAAAACCUUAGUUAGUGAAUCUUUAUUAUAACCCAGUUGGCUUUUGAUGUAAACGUUUAAAUCUCAGAGAACAACAUGAUAUAGAAACUAGCAACCCUGUUUUGACCCGUUGUGGUCACAGUAAACAAAGAAGUAACUAUAGAGACAUAAAGAGAGAGUUUGAACCUCUCAGCACGCCCGCGUUCUCAUCUCUAAAAACGUUCUGGGUUGGGUUGUGAUUGGUCAUGAGGGCCUUGUGACGGAGAACCGUUAGAGGAGUAGCUGGCUGCUAUUUCAAAGAUAAACAGCUCUUGUGUGGGAGACUCAUGGGAUUAGAUGCAGUUCACAGGGAGCUCUGACACAUGUGGACCAGAUGUGGGGGCAAAUGAAACUUCAUUUAGGUUUUCUUACUUGCCGCCUGAUUUAAUGUGGUAAAUGAGAGUGACAUCAUGUUUAGUUGUGUGUUCCUGCUUCCUCCUCAUACAAACAUGCAGGCUGUACUUAAAAUUAGUCAGGGGGUAAAAAUGCUGAUGAUUCAGCCAUAAAGAGUUUGAGAUGGUUUGAAAAUUGUAACAUUGAUUGUGAGCGUUUCAAGUCAGCCACUGCAUAAUAGUACAAGACAAGUGGGAAAAGUUUGGUAAUUUUCUUCUCAUCUGUUCUUUUUUUUUAAACACAAACUAUGCCUUAUCUUUCCCUCCUCUUCCUGCCUGGCCUUUGCUAUCACCUCCUCCCUUUUGUGCGUGUGUCUGUGCUGGUCUGGUGUGCUUGUGUGUCUGACCCCUCCCCUGGCUGAGCAGAUAUCUGCCUAAAGGAAACCAUGUCUCUGGCUGACAGUCUCUACAACCUCCAGCUGGUGCAGGAGUUCUGCAGGAACAACCUCAACCACUGCUGCCACUUUAGCCUGGAGGAUAUGCUCUACGCACAUGCAUCCAUAAAGGUAGGUCAGAGUGAAAACAGAUUCUUUAAACAGGGCAUAAGGAGGUGUUAUGUUCUGAUUUUGUCGUGUGGAUUCAGUCGAAGAAAGAGAAGAGGAAAAGUUGUUCUGGGAAAUAAAGAGAAUUGGGGCGGGAAAUUACAAAAAGGGAUAAAUGAGUCAUGCAGGGAAAGUUUCAUAAUGAAUGUGUGUGCGGGUCUGACAGAGGUUGUUACUGGGUGUACUGUGUGUAUUGUCGCCUUUUAGUACAACCACUGCAUCCCAAACAACAGCAUUUUUUUUUCUGUCAGACAGAGACCGAUUCUGCUCCGAGGAGAUUCACAGUCCUGACCCGUCUCUGCCUGCCUCUCUUGUCUGUUUCCCCCCUCCCCUUUGUUUUUAUCCAACAACAAAAUCUGUGAACUCUUAGAUAACACAACAGCUGAUUCACUCUGCCCUCAAGCUCAGAUCUUCCCUAUUUCUCACCCAUUUGCUUCUGAUAAUGAAAGAGUGUAGUGUAAAAGUUUAUGAGCGUCUCUGUUGUCUCUAUUUAGACUUCACAGCAGCAGCAGCAGCAGAGCUCAUGUGGGUAAAUAGUAUGCAGAACAAGUGGGUAGAAACAUUCAAGAAUCAAGUCACGGUCCAAGCUGAUGGGGAGUUUCCAUUCUUUAAAACAGCACAACAUCGCUUUCCCAGUUUGGCACUAUUUUCUCUGUGUUUCUCCCAUUUAGUUAAACUCACUACUUUGUUUGUUUUGCAGAUGUAGGUAAGUAAAGAAGGGGUGAUAAGGUCAAUGAAGGUCAUUUUAAGAGACUGGCAGACUGCCUUUUUAACACAGGCUCAAUGCUCUUUGAAUCUCAAACAGGCCAUGCAUGUGUUCAUCACACUCACAAGGAAAUUUUGUUAUUGACUCUUUAGACGUACUGAAAAGUAUGUUUACAUUUUAGAUACAUUUAAAUUUUUUACAUUUACAUCUACUUUUUAACAAAAUGUGUUUAUUUGACAGGGACAAUAUAUGUCUGCAUCGUUACAUCUAAUAAUAGAGCAAUCAAUGCUGUAUAUAAAGGACCUAUGGCCAUGGUUAAUUUGCAGUCUUUGUCCCUGCUAAGACAGCUUUUACUUUUCACUGCUUUGUCAAGUUUUGUGGAUGGUUCCCUUUAAUUUCAGGGUUAUUUACUGAAUUGUUUCCAAAAAUUACAAUAAUGUUUAUAUCCCAAUAGAAACUUUCUGUUUGUAACUUGAGAUAGGGCCAGGCAAUAUGGCCUCAAAUCAAAAUCACGAUAUAUUGAGCAGUUCACCUUGAUAACGAUAAAAGGACGAUAACUGCUCCACAAGCUGCUCACCACCUCCACAUUACUUCAGCCGCUACAACUUUUGAACCGUCCUCCAUCUCCUCACCUGUCUUUCCCUCUUUGUUAUGGACUGGAUGGGGUGGAGUCACGUCUCGGACAUAGGACAGCAUCAUAAAGGGACAUGAGACCAUAGCCUACCAACACACAUCCAAAAACAACUUUUAUUAAUUUGAUUUUUGACACAGAAUAUACCAACAUGGGCAAAAUGACGUCGGUUAUUGUAAAUUUCGGUAUCUGUAAAUUUUCAGUUUAUUGCCCAGCCCUAAAUUGAGAGCAUUUCUCAUUGCCUGAUCCCUACUGUGUCGUCUCAAAAUGACACAUUUACAUUAAACUCUAGGGAGUGUUUAAAUGUUGUUAUGACACAUAUGGUUUUGGCAUUAAACCACACUCACACUAUGUGGAACAUACUGAUAUUCAACAACGCACACACACCUGUGCCUGUUACCUAGCAACAGUUGGUGGGCAUGAACUCCUUCAUCUAUCACUAUUGCUGUUGUGUCAAAUAAGAGACAGCGAGAGAGAGCUGUAUCUGCACGGACAUAAAUGUUUUUGUUAUUGACAUAAAUAAAAAAUGACCAACAGGCUGUAAGAUUAAUCACAAAUGUGUGUGUCUGUGUGUGUAUUGUUGUUUGUUUGUGUGUGUUGUCUUGCAGAGUAACUACCUGGUGUUUAUGGCUGAGCUCUUCUGGUGGUUUGAAGUGGUGAAGCCGUCGUUUGUGCAGCCCAGAGUUUUUGAUCCUAACGGUGCAGUACAUCCUUAUCCAAUUCAAUAUCAGCUUUUUCUCAUUAAAUCGGACGAUAAUGAUUGUUUCAUUAUAAUAUGCAUGCUAAUUUUGAACUCCAGUAACACCCAGUUAAAGAUAAUUAUCGUGUGGUUCCUUCUGCAGCCUGUGAGCCUGUAUUAAACUGUAGAAAUAUGGCUCCAGUGUCCAGUCCGGUCAAACAGAGUUAUGCAGAGAGAGCUGACAGACCAGAGGACAUCCCUGCAGAGGGUAAAUAUCUGAUAUUAACCGGAGAUCAUCCAUCUCCAACUAUCAUUUAUUGAUUGAUCAAAGUGUGUUAGAGAAGUUAAAUAGAGGAACAGUAAUUCUCUGUGGAGAUAUAUUCAUAGUUGUGAUAUCAAGAACAUGUUGGCGAAUUAUUGCACUGAUUUGUUCUACAGUCCUUAUCCUACUGAAUGUACCUUUUCUUUCUACUGUGAUUUGUUUUUGUUAUGAAUAUUUCCCCUUAUGAACUACAGAUCAGUGUAAUAGAGUGUGGCUGUGGGCCCUCUAGUGGCUGAUUCACAGAAAUGCACCAGCGUUCAGGCUCUCCCACUGCAGUUGAGCUUUAUGUUUGUUUUUUAUAAUGUAGUAUCUUACAUUCAGUAAUAUUUUACCUGAAAAAUAACCCAAAGCUGGAGUGUGGGGAGAAUAGUUCAGAUCUUUUCAGAUCAGCUUGAAAAUAUUGGAUAAAGGGCCCUCACUCAGAAAAGUACACUUUGUUCUAACAGUAUAUGAAUCUUUGUCUGCCUGAAUCCAAAGCACUCAACCACAGAUUUUGUUUUCAAACAGUGAAACAAGGAUUUAAAACUUUCAAAUAAACUCCUGUGUGACUUUUACAGGUGGGAUGAAGAGAUCUACCUCCAUGUCGUACGUGGAUGGCUGUGUCGGGACAUGGCCCAAAGAAAAACGGUUCAUACCUAAACUCUACUACUAGAGCAGAUGAAAUUUGUUACUUCAGCAUGUUUUACUUAUUUAACUGACAUUGUUUUUCCGUCCUCCUGCAGCUCCUCCUCACGGGGAAUCUCCUUUGAGAUCCCUCUGGAUGGAGACCCGACCUUGCCGCCCUGCGAGGUUCCUUCCCCCCGUGGUAUGACGCGCUCCGCCAGCAGUGACGGUCUUGGGUUCAAGGUUCACUUUGCAUCUCGAGGGGGCAUGAAACGCCACCUGUCUCUCAUGCCCGUCAGUGUAAAUGGCCAGGGUAAACACAUACCAGAGGAGGAUGAGGACUUCAUCCCCCACAAGCCCCUUGGGCGGAACAACACAUUCUCGAUCAAGAACCAAAGCAGGUACAGCAAAGACAGCAAAGACUUAUGGGUCAUUAUUUUGAGUACUAGAAUCUUCUGCUUCAGAACACAGUUAAUUUAUGAUAAAAGCUGAAAAAAUGAAAGUGGUUUGCUUUUGUGGUUUUUGUUUACACCUUCAAAAGUCUGCAGUACAGUGUGUACAGUUCAGCACUCUAGUAUAUCAUCAUUUAUGCCUAAAGGCUCAUUUAUGCUCAACAUAUAGAUCCAUAUACAGAUGGAGCUCUCCGUUCGUGCUUCGUGUUCUUUUCGUCUGUAAUUCUGCACGUAUCCUUGAAGUUUAUGGACUUGUACCAACGAAAACCGCGGGGACAGUUUUGCUGCUGUCACUACCUAGCAGACAUCCUGAAGUACUGAAAAUGAUGAUCGUCGGCAAUUUUCCUCAUUGGUACUACCAGAGAAAAGAAUUCUCUGUCCUCCAACUGUAAAGCAUUUAGUGGCCUGACCAUAGACUGUACGGACAACUUUUAUUCCGCCCUCCGCCAGCAUACGGAUUUGAAGCCAAAAAGCUCUCGAUAUUUCCGCAUUUUGUCUCCACUUCCAGAAUCCAACAUUGCGCAGUAGUGUUGUACGCAUUUGGCGGGAGAGUCGUUGAGAGUCGCUGUUAUGCGAUCUGCUCAAACACAGUAUCUUCCGGGUGAGCUACACCAUCUUGGUAUGCCCAUAGGCUGUAUCAAGUGUCAAUCAUAGAAAACAUGAACCCCCUAAUAACUUUUAAAAAUUGAGCUGUACAGAAUAAAGAGGACUUGAACACAAACCAGUCUUACAAUAACUACAUGUCAACAUCGCAAGCAGGAGGGAGAAAAAAUUAUGUUCUGUGUAAUACAUUUCUAAAGUUUGUCCACAGCUCCAUAAGCUUUGCUGGCGGAGGCGGGAUUUAUGACCUAUACUGCAGCCCGUCACCAGGGUGUGCUGUUCUCAGAGUGGCUUCACCCAGCGAGGAGGCAGACGGUGUCCAUUCUAUAUACAGUCUAUGGGCCUGACCGACCACCGCCUCCUCCAAUGCUGCCUCUGUUUCUGUCUCUUAUGCAUAAUAUACAUUAUCACGAGCUCCUCCACACUCGCCAUGUUACAUUUUUUUGUUUGUCGUUGUCAGUAACUUUUGACUCUGGCCUGCCCCCUGCUGGAUGUAAUGGCUAACAUUCAUGCCAACGUAAAGGACGCAUGGAAGUAUGUGGGCAGUGACGGAACCAUCAUUUGAAACGGACCUAUACAUUUUCAUACGUAUUGCGAGCAUAAAUGAGCCUUUAGAUAAUAAACUAAGACAUGAAAAGCCUGCAGAAAUGUCAGCUUAGUUUUCCUUUUUACAUUGACAUUGAAUAGUCUGAGACCCCUUUCAGAUGUCAUAUCUUGCUUCCUGUUAACAUAAAGCUUCGUUCAUCCUUAUAAACUCAUCAAGAUUUUUCUGAGGUUUUAUUUUUGUUUAAUCUGCGUAAAUAAACAGUAAACAAACAAUCAGAUGAUUUACUCUGACCUUUCCACAGGUACUCUAAUGGAGUCCUCCCAGAAAGCAGCCUCAGCCCCAGCAAUCACCUUGGCAACAACGGUGGCCACAUCAGCCCGUCAACUCCUCCGAGUAUUGAGGAGGCUCUGAAGAUUAUCCACGACACGGAGAGACCCCAUGCCAGCCUGGGUGUCGGGGAUGGAGACAACGCCUUCUUCCUUCAUGGUGCAGACCCUCCAGGGGCUGCAGGUCAAGGUGACGACCCGGGUUCAGCCAAAGCUCAACUUAAUGACCACGACCCCAACUCUUUGUCCACAGAUGAAGUGGACACAGGAAUCCACGUGAGGACAGAGGACAUCCAGAGCCUGGAUGAGGACUCCUCCUCUCUUAGAGACUACUCAGAUAUGGACCCUGACUGUGAGGCCAUGACCCGGUCAUGCCCUCUGCCAGACCAGCAGGAGAGAGAGAAGAGCAGAGGAGGAGGACAGAAAGGCCCCCGGGAUUCUGACCCUGAGGGCGAGAGGAGGGGGGAUGGAGGGGACAGGAGCAGCCCCUGUACCAGUUCAGCACCCACAUUCCCCAGGUCUCACACAGCCAGUCCAGCCUCAUCCUCUGGGGGCUCUGCAGGCGGGAUAGUCCGAAUGACAAGUUUUGCUGAGCAGAAGUUCAGAAAGCUGGAGGGAAGGAGCAGCGGAGGAACUACGCCAGAGAGUUCAGACCUCAAUGUGCCGUACACACAACAGACAAGGAACAUUUCACCUCAGGUCUGAGCCCCUCUUUAUUUCAAAUCUGCUUUUUCACAGAGGAAGAAAUGCGAUCUGUAGUCAAGUGGGUUGGCAUAGAACUAAUGUCAAUAAUCUUUGCACCUAUUUCUAGAUCUCUACACCACCUUUGCCGAUCACAUCACCCUCUCCGAUCACGUCUUCACCAAGAGACCCCUCCCACCUGAUCGCCUCAGAGAUGAUUCAACUGAGGAUGAAACUGGAAGAAAAACGAAGAGCCAUUGAGGCCCAGAAGAAGAAGGUAAACCCAUAUAGACCCCAAACUUUGGCAGGUCACAUGGCAUUGAAUGUAAACGUUCACACAUUUUGUACUUUUGAAUCUCAGGUAGAGGCAGCUUUCACCCGCCAUCGUCAGAAAAUGGGUAGGACUGCUUUUCUGAAUGUAGUCAGAAGAAAAGGAGUCACUGCUCCCCUCAGUCCCAGUUCAGGGGGAGCAGGAACGCCUUCUUCAGAGCCCGUCACAUCCUCAAAGGAGAGCAGCCAGAGCAGCAUGGAGAGAGCAGAGAGAUGUAAACCAGACGGAGCAGCUCCAAAAUCCCCCUGUGAGGACGGUGGAGGUGAGUUACAGUUAAGAGUCUGCUUCCACUCCUGAAGAUUGUUUUAUUUUGUUCUCACUUGACUUAUGAUCAAGAAGAUGCUCUUAUUGUAAUCCACUCACUUUCUACUCACAGUGGAAACACUGGUAAAUGUAUCAAUACAAAGCCUUGAGCAGCUGUUUUUAGGCAGUUUUUGGUACAGUAGUUAAAUCUAUAGAAAAAGACUUCAAGCUUUGAUGCCAGAAAAAGUUGGCCAAAUUUGAAACCUGGCAAAUUUAUUUAAAAGAACUUUGAGUAUUUGUGAAACUAUACAAACAUUGCUGUUCUAACUAUCUGGCUAUUUCAUCUAUAAAAUAUUAAAUUAGCUCAUAAUUUGUCAUUUUCUGUAAGAAGAAAAGCAUCAAUCCUCACCUGACAUUUCUGUAGCUGAAGCUAAAAUAAACACUUAGAUGGAAAAAUUGUUGUACAGGGUAUCUGUGGGGUCUUAAAAGUCUUAAAACAUCUAAAAUCCAAUUAAGUAAUUAAUCUGCUGCUAUCAGACUCUACAACCAAGCCUGCUCCUGUCAGACCAACAACAAUAGAAGUUCAGUUUCUCCAUACACCCCUAAUUUAUUUAUUAAUCAUGUGCAAUAUCAUCCAGUGUAUUAUCCAGCAACUACACUUCAGUCUACCUACACGCAUCCAUACCUGUGUUUGUUGGCACUGGUCCUUUUAUAUAUUUUUUUAUUUUUUGUACUACUCUUUUGUACACUGUAUGUGUGAAUGUGUAUAGUGUGUAUACCUGCUGCUGUCAACAAUUUUGAUUUCCCCACUGAGGGAUCAAUAAAGGAAUAUCUAACCUAAUCAAAUCUAAUCUAAUUAAAAUUAAGGCCUUAAAAUAUCUAAAAUUGUCCUAAAAGCUCAUAAAGUGUCUUAAAUACGAUUUUGAAAGGUCUUAAAAAUGUAUAACCUUACUUACAAAUGAAUAACGUGCCAUAGAAAUCAAGAUAGAUUUAAAGUAAUGUAAAAUGUUCUGAUUUCCCUUCAUGUCUUUUGUACUUUGUUGCCAUUGUGGAUGUAAAAUGGGUCUUAAAUAGUAUUCACUAUGGUCUUAAAAAGUCUUAUAAAGUCUCAAAUUUGACUUGUUGAAACCUGCAGAGACCCUGUUGUAUUUCAGUGGUAUUGCUAACACUUUUAAGACUUGUUAAAAAAACUUAACUGAAGUGGCUGUCUGGUCUUUGUGUUUACUCUGGUGAUACAGGUGUGACUCCAGGUGAAAUAGAUCUUGCGGAGUACACACGCUCCAUCGAGAGGCUGAAUACAUCGCUGAGUUUCCUGCAGACAGAGAUGCAGCGUUUGGCUCAGCAGCAGGAGAAGAUCAUGGCCAUGAGAGAGCAGCAGCAACAAGCCUGGGUCAUCCCUCCUCCUGCUCCGUCUCCACACAGGUAUCAUCGAAUCAAAGAUAUUAGAAAGUUACCAGGAAAAGAAAAUCAUCACACUAUCAACCUGUUUUCACUAACACGGCCAUGUGCGUGUUGUUUUCUCUCUGUAGGCAGCUGCGUGAGUUGCGUAGCAGCAGUGUGACAGGUCGGGGAUCAGGUCGAGGCUCGGUCGGUUCUCUGUCCCCCAUCCUUUCCUCAUCCGGUUCUCCUCACGCCCCUAAUCGUUCCCCUGCCGGCAUUAAGCGUCGGCCAGCCUCCUUCCAUGCAAGGACACCUCGAACUCCAAGACCAAAUGACCUAAAAGUCACACCCUUCAGUCGAAUGCUCAACACCCCGACCUCAGUGGACAGCCUGCCCAGACUGAGACGUUUCACCUCAAGCCAAUCCCAGAUCUGCGCGUUUUCCUACCUUGGUAACGAUGACUCAACGGGGGAAAGCAGCAACCAUAAGGAAAAGGGCAACAAAGAAAAGGACAAAGACAAAGCAGAGGAAAAGACGAGCGCUGGCGCUCAUCAGCCAUCUGCUGAAGAAGCAGCCAAAGAGAAAGAAGAGGAGAAGCAGGAGGAGGAGAGGAAACAGACAGAGCAGGUUCAGUCGCACGGGAAAGUCAAACAAACGAGAUCAUCAGAGGUGUUGUGUCAGCCUGUGUCUGACAUCCCUGCACCAACGGGCAGCCGGGUAACAAAGGACCCUCAGGACAGAAGAGACCUAGUUGAGGUUCCUCUGUCUGGGCUGAAAGCUCCCCAAGGAUCCCAGAGUCAGGAGACAACAGGAGAGGGAGAAGCAGGAGGAGACGCUUAUGGAGAAGACGGGAAGAUGUGCUGUGGAUUUUUCUUCAAGGUGAGCCAGAUCCACCUGAGAGGAAUCUCUUUAUUUUCACUUUAUUUUUUUAAUCUUGUCAAGGAAAGUCCAUGUAAUAGUUUAUCCCAACCAGGACCCUUACACUUAUCUAAAUAAGUGAGCGCUCUACUUCUUAUCUAAAAACACAUAAAAAAGAUGAGACAAAAGAACAAAAGAUGAGUGAUAAACUUUAGCCAUAAAUAAUAAACUAAAUAUGAUGUAUUUGGUUUGCUGUUUGAUUGGGUCAAAAUGAAAAUUUUAAGACUUGAGGGCAAAGUCCAAGCAGUAUUUUGCCUUUUUGAAUACAUAAGUGUUUUGUAUGUAAUUUCUGAAUCAUGCCAUUACUUGUCAGUGGUACUGCUAGGUCCCCAUUGAGGUUUCAAAGAUGCAGGGCACAUUUUUCUACUGGUAAUCUGAUUUAUUUCAUGUAUUAUCCCUCUCAUCAAACACCAGGAUGAUGUUAAAGGAGAGGAGGACAUGGCAGCAAAGAAAGCAGCUCUACUGGAGAAGAGGCUGAGGAGGGAGAAGGAGACGCAGGAGAGGAAGCAACAGCAGGAGUUGGACCAGGAGCAGAAGAAGGAAGCUGCACGGUUAGUCAGAUUUUUAUACUUCACGCCCAAUCAAAUCAAAAUCUUCAGUUGUAUAGUAUCAAAUAAUACUUCAGAUCUUUGCCGUAAUGCUGUAAAUCUGUCUGUUCUCCUGCAGGUUGAAAGCUGAGGAGGAGCAGCAGAAAAAGGACGAUGAGAAAGCGAGGAGGGAAUACAUCAGGAACGAGUAUUUGAGGAAGAAGCAGCUCAAGCUCAUGGUGGAUAUGGACGAAGUUAUAAAGCCUCGAUCUGGAAGUCUCAAGAAAAAGCCACGACCCAAGUCUAUCCACAGAGACGUCAUGGAGUCGUCCACUCCCCCUGUGAGAGUAACAGGUGAGAAACACACAAGCCCUGAGAACCAACACAAACAAAGCACUUUCCACAAAUGGACACAUGACCUUUUCUGGGUCUUGUCUAGACCUGUGUGCAGGACCAGAAGACGUCCUCCAUAAUUGUGACUGUCUCUGUAUUUUUAUUAUAAUGUCAUGUGUCAGACAAAACAAACACAUGAGUAGAAACAUAAUACAAACAAAAAGCAAGCAGAAAAACUCUGACCAUGUAAACUAAGUCAGAACUCCUGCAAUUGUUGGAUUUUCCAGACUUUCACCUGCUGCGUUUUAUCAGCUCACCCAGACUUCUUGUAAAAAUGUUACAAAGACCUGGCAAAAGCUGAAAAAUCUAGCAAAAAUAUGGGUGUUUGCAGCCCACCUUGACAAAGUGAAUAAGGUUCAAAUAUUCCCAUUAGUUUGGUGCAUGUGUAAAAGGGGAAUCGCACAUGUAUGCCAGCCACUAAUUCUGGUCUUUUUUGUUACAGGAGUGCGCCCUCGAGGCUUCUCAGUAUCAAGUGUUUCUCUGGCAUCCCUAAAUCUGGCUGAUAACGACAGAGAGCAGCCAAAUAACAAGAAGAACUACAGGUGAGACUCAAAUAAAUAUCUUUUAGAAAUCAAAAGCACGGCUGAGUUAAGAAGAUAUUUAUAAUGAAAAAAAUUGAAGCUGGAAACUAGACUUAGAAGGACCCCUCUAGAAAUCUGAGCGGACAUGUUGGUACAGUUUCAGAUUUUAUAAAUAUGCCGAACGCCUAAAUUUUAACUAAAGUGAAAUGUGUUUUUUUCCUCAAAGCAAACUGUGUGCUCUUUUCACACUCUUCCAGUGGAUUUGGUUCCAUUUGAUAAUUCUGAACAUGACAUUAUCUUGUUUGGUUUCAAAGGAAAUCGUUUUGAUAACAUAAAUGACACCUUGAUUCAAUCACUCACGUCUCCACUCUUAACCCAAAAUCAAAUUUCUUAGUUAUGCUGAUCACUUGUAGUGUUGAAAACCGGCUUUACGAUUACAGUGUUCAAUUUCAUGCAUGUUUCUGAACAAGUGAGUAAAAUACAAUCUUAUUUCACUUUAAAAAAACAGGUGUUUGAAAUCCUAUAUGAAAAAGUUCUCCAGAAGACUGUUUCUAGUCAAAGCUAGUCAAACUUUUAAAGCUUUACAACUCUUGUUUCAAUUUUUUUAUUUUCCUCACAUCCAAUAAGACUCGAUACCCUCAAGUGUUUUUUUGAUACGGUUGACUAUGUCGAGGCUGAAACUCUGCAUCUUGACUCUCUUGAAUCCCUCUCUCCUUUUCUCUUUAUUCUGCAUGCAUCCCUCAGAGGCAAUAAAAUAGCUUCUGCAAAUAUCCCGUUCUUUCUAAGCUCUCCCAAAGAAAGAAAGGGAAGGUCAGUAACACCCCGACUGAGGCUGCUUCAAGUUGUUCUAGAUGCUUCAUGUAGAAACAGCUCCAUGAAAAGCUUCAUUAGACAUCGUUUACAUGUAGACAGUAGGCGGAUGUUUCAACAGUGAAUAAGCUCAGCAUUAUCCAUGACAGUGUUUGCUUCUGCAUUAAGGUAUAUAUGGGACCUGUGGAGUUCAGAUGUUUCCGCCUCAGCUCUCUCACUCUGCUCCCUCUCUCUGUCUCUGGCAGUAUUGCUCUCAGGCUGUUGUUUGUUCUCCUCUUUAUGUCUGCUGCUCUGCACUUCACUACUGUGUGUGCUUUCUCUUCCACGAGUACUCGAUCCCAUCUCUCACAACGGCCAUAAAGGCGGUUGUGUUUCUUUGCUUUGCUCGGCUGAACAUGACUUUCUGUCCCCUCACUGCACAGCUCAGUCUGUGAGACAACAGGCAGGGUUUGGAGAAUUGUGCCAUCGUGUCUGACUCUGUUUUACUCCCAUCUCUCUGUGUGUGUUUCAUAUCUGUGUGUGUCUGCAUGUCUCUCUGUGUGCUCUUUGUUUACUCGUCUGCCAUUGUCAUGCUUGUGUGUAUCAACCUUUUUUUCUGUUAAUUGUGGGUUUCGUCAUGUCUUUGUGGGUUAUUUGUUGGUUUAAAUGUGAUUCUCUCCAGGCCGGACUCUGCUGAAGGUUUCUCCUCGUGUCCUUCGACUGGCAGCCGUAACGGUGAGAAGGAUUGGGAAAAUGAAUCCGCCACAUCAUCUACCCCCUCCAACGCUGAGUACACAGGUAAGAUACACACCUGCAUGAGUAACUACAAAUACACAACCUCUCUAGUUUUUGUGAUCAUAUCCUUAUUCUUUCUUCUUACAGGACCCAAACUUUAUAAGGAGCCAAGUGCUAAAUCCAACAAGCACAUCAUCCAGAACGCUUUGGCUCACUGCUGCCUGGCUGGCAAAGUCAACGAAGGACAGAAGAAUAAGAUACUAGAUGUACGUUCUGUUGUUAUGUUUGUUCUUCUGCUCAAUACUGAAGCAAAGGAUCAUGUUUAGUGAGCAGGUAGUUUGAAGCAGAUUAUAAACGCACAAGAUGAAUAGGGCCAUGACGGGAAGCUGGGGUCGCCGUCUCAGUCUGUUGGCAUUUUCAUUUCAUUCAUCUAAAAACUGCUGCAUCCAGUACCAUAGCGUCUUUUAUAUCAAGUGCUGUCUACAGUUUCUUAAAUUCUGAAGCUUUUGUGUCUUUCAUGUUAAAUUUUUAGAGGUUUUUUUUUACCCUGGGACUACAGAAGGGCAGCGAGCAAUGCUGGCAUUAACAUUAGCUUAGUGCGUUGGUAGAGAGUCUCUGUAGAGUUUCAAUACACUGAUCCAGGCCAAACAACAGCUGUAGUAAACACUCAGGGUUUGUUUUGCUAACAGCUCUUAAAUAAUGCUGUAAAUUUGUAAAUGUUGUCUCAUUUUUUUAAUCAUAUUUUGGGAAGGGGUAGUUUUUAUCAGUCAUCAGGGGUUUUCAUCCCCCUAUCCUAACCCCUAACCCUUAACCCUAACCCUAACCCUAAUCCAAAGUUAUUAAACAACAAAGUCUUGUCAGGGGGUUACAUCAGGGGUUUUCAUCCCCUUAUCCUCUCCCAACCCUAACCCUAACACGUAGAAAAUUUUGACAUUUUUCCACAGUUUUUUCUCCACCUAUUGACCUUUCCUCCAAAUGGUCUGAAGCGUGUUCCCCAAAAGGUCCUGGACAGUGAUUUUAACCCUAUCCCCUUACCCUGGCCCUCACCCUAACCCUAACCACUUAGAACCACUUAGAUGUAUCCAAUGUAAAGCGCUUUGAGGGUCUCUGAUAAAGCGCUAUAUGAAAUCUGAUGCAUUAUUAUUAUUAUUAUUAAAAUCUGUGUCCGAUCUUACAUCAAUUCAUCUGAUAGAUAUGAGGAAUGAAAAUACGGUAUCAAGGAUAGUUAUUUUGUGUGUUUCUCUGCAGGAAAUGGAGAAAUCUGAAGCCAAUAACUUUCUGGUGUUGUUCCGUGAUGCUGGGUGCCAGUUUCGGUCUGUGUACACAUACUGCCCUGAGACGGAAGAGAUCACCAAACUGGCGGGCAUAGGGCCAAAGAGCAUCACCGCCAAGAUGAUCGACGGCCUGUACAAAUACAACUCAGACAGGAAGCAGUUUAGCCUGAUCCCUGCUAAAACCAUGUCUGCAAGCGUGGAUGCCAUCACCAUCGCCAGCCAUCUGUGGCAAACAAAGAAGCAGGGGACACCCAAAAAACUGCACCCUAAGUAGAUCUGGAGAGAAAAUGUGUUGUAUCAUUAAACGUCCCACUGUAAGAAACCACAACUGGAAUGUAGAACACUAACAGGCCUCACAGACACUGUCAGGAAACAGAGGUGACUGUCACACUCUGGACUUCUUCAACGGGGCACACGUGUGUACUUGUCAGCAUGUGUAUCAAUGUUCUCUCAUGUGCCAAAAAAGAGCUGAAAACAGAAGGCGGACCCAUGCCUUACCUAGUUGAACCACUGAAGCAGUGAAUGUCACGCCUCUAACAGAGGCAGUUUGGUUUCUCUGAGUUUAUCAUGUGUGGCCUUAUGCUUGUUUUGUGUCAUACAGAUGCCCUGUGAGCAUUGGUGUCAUUUUGUUUGCACCUAUGGAUAAAGUCUGUUGUGCUUCAGGUGAGGUUGUGUGUACUUACUACAGGUCUCAGAUAAGAUAACGCCCAUUAUAGAAUCCAGGGUGUUCAUCUCUUGGGGUGGUCUGUCUGAUCUGUGAUCAGGUAGAGGCAGCAUUUUUAUGGAGAGUUUUGCUGCUAUACAGGCAUGGUUUCUGUUUUUUAACAUGUGACUGAAAAAGUUCAAAUUUGUGUGUAUGUGCGUGCGUGUGUGUGUGUGAAUUGUGAAGUGCCAAUAAGACUGAGGACAGUACCUCAGCUGGUGAUUGCAAACACUUUCCAAAAGAAAUGAAGAUUUUGUGGAGCAUAUUGAGUGCCAUUGGAUGGUUCUGGAAAGCACUUGCAAUAGACUCUUAAUUUAUUUCAUUUUGAUAAUGCUUUGGAGAUACUUUUAAAGGUCAUCUUAGAUUUUAUUCAGAGAAACAGACUAUACUACAGGUAUACUAUAAGUUAAAUUAGUUUGUAUAUUAUGGCAGAUCCAUUCAAAAUGAACAAGUCAGCUUGUAGUAGCUUUUUUGAGUAGCUUUUAUAAUUUAUCAUGUGUGUGUACCAGUGUGUGUGUCCUCUGGGGCCUUUUAUUGUGCUAAAAAUGCAAAGAGUGCUAUCACUCAAACUUGUUACUGAUAAGACUAUCAUCAGUCGUAGAAUAGAAGAAAAUCCAACACUUUGUCAUCAGUCUGUGCAAUUUUAAGAGUCACCAUCGACCGUGUUGGGACUAACAGAAACUCAAUACCACUUGAAGGAGGUUUUUGUCUUAAAUAUAACACCCUGAUUACUCUUGCAGUCGUCCACAAUUGUAAAUAGAAGAAUUCACCGAUGAUAGCACUUCGGGACCCUGUACACUGUUGUUUCCACUCCAGGUUGUUCCUAUUUGGACUUUACUUUUACCUUCCUGUCACAUAAUUUUCACUACAUGUUUCCUCAGUAUGUGUUUGACACUGUACAGAUAUAUUUUGGCAUAUAGAAGUAUUUUUUGUAAUGACAUUUACCUGUUGAAGGAGUGUGUGAAUGAAGCAGUACAGCUGUUGAAGGAAGUGUGUUGAAAGAAAACUGUAACUGAUGAUGCAAGGUAUGUAAAGUCUUACUGAGGCUUUAUUAUGGUAUUGUAUGAACUCCACUCAGUAAACUGAUAAGAGCAUAGUAUUUUUUUUCCAACUCUGAAUUCAUUUUAUAAUUUUCAUUUUACUAAACCGGCUCAACUCUUCAUGUUUUUGUUGUUUUUCUAUUCCUUUGAGCUUUAUUAAAAUGCCAGCUAUCAACAGUA